AUUAGGGUUAACAAGACGCGCGGACGUAGUUGGCUGGUCGUCAUCUGGAGACGAGCACAGAAGGAAGCAAUAAAAUAGGGACAAGUUGAGGGAGGGGAGAACGAUGGAUCCGACCAGUGCGGAGGGGCUGCAAAGCUGAAGUUGAAGAAAGAAACAAGAAGUGUCUGAUUUGUGUCCCAGCGGCAGCAGAAAGUUGGCGUGUUCAGGCGGCCGAUCCCCUAGGGGCUUUGCCCUGCAAAGUAGAGGCGCGACGGAGGCCACUAGAGGACCGUGAAAGAAAAAAGUUGUCGAGAGCAUGGAGUUCCCACAGCAGCAGAAACCUGCAGAUGGUAAAAUUGUGUAUCCGCCCGGAGUGAAGGAAAUCACGGACAAGAUCACCAACGAUGAAGUGGUCAAGCGCCUCAAGAUGGUCGUGAAAACCUUCAUGGAUAUGGACCAAGACUCUGAAGAUGAGAAGCACCAGUAUCUUCCCCUGGCUCUGCACUUAGCUUCCGAAUUCUUCCUCAGGAACCCCAAUAAAGAUGUGCGCCUUCUUGUUGCUUGUUGCCUAGCAGACAUCUUCAGAAUAUAUGCACCAGAGGCUCCCUAUACUUCACAUGACAAACUCAAGGACAUUUUUCUCUUCAUUACAAGGCAGUUGAAGGGCUUAGAAGAUACUAAAAGUCCGCAGUUCAAUAGAUAUUUUUACUUGUUAGAGAAUUUAGCUUGGGUAAAGUCUUACAACAUUUGUUUUGAAUUAGAAGACUGCAAUGAGAUUUUUAUUCAGCUGUUUAAGACCCUUUUCUCUGUCAUCAACAACAGUCACAACCAGAAGGUGCAAAUGCACAUGUUGGAUUUGAUGAGUUCUAUCAUCACAGAAGGAGAUGGAGUGACUCAGGAACUUCUGGAUUCCAUUCUUAUCAACCUCAUCCCUGCUCACAAGAAUUUAAAUAAGCAAGCAUAUGAUCUUUCUAAGGUUCUCUUGAAAAGAACAGUACAAACAAUCGAAACAUGUAUUGCCAAUUUUUUCAAUCAGGUUUUGGUGUUGGGGAGGUCAUCUGUCAGCGAUCUGUCGGAGCACGUAUUUGAUCUGAUUCAAGAACUGUUUGCCAUUGAUCCUCACCUCCUGGUUUCUGUUAUGCCACAGCUUGAAUUUAAAUUGAAGAGCAAUGAUGGAGAAGAACGUCUUGCUGUGGUGCGGCUGCUGGCAAAACUAUUUGGCUCCAAGGAUUCUGAACUGGCAACUCACAACAGGCCUCUUUGGCAGUGCUUUCUUGGAAGAUUUAAUGACAUUCAUGUUCCUGUUCGACUGGAGUGUGUUAAAUUUGCCAGUCAUUGCUUGAUGAACCACCCUGAUUUAGCGAAGGAUCUAACAGAGUUUCUUAAGGUUAGAUCUCAUGAUCCUGAAGAAGCUAUUCGGCAUGAUGUUAUUGUUACAAUAAUAACUGCUGGCAAAAAAGAUCUUUCACUUGUCAAUGAUCAGUUGCUUGGAUUUGUGAGGGAAAGGACAUUAGACAAAAGAUGGCGUGUUCGGAAGGAAGCAAUGAUGGGCUUAGCGCAACUUUAUAAGAAGUACUGUCUUCAUCAUGAGGCUGGGAAAGAUGCUGCCCAGAAAGUGAGCUGGAUUAAAGACAAACUGCUGCACAUCUAUUAUCAAAACAGCAUUGAUGACAAGUUGCUAGUGGAGAAGAUCUUUGCUCAAUAUAUGGUGCCUCAUAAUCUAGAAACCCAGGAAAAAAUGAAGUGUCUGUAUUACUUGUAUGCCAGCCUGGAUCCUAAUGCAGUGAAAGCUCUAAAUGAAAUGUGGAAGUGCCAGAACAUGUUAAGAAGUCAUGUACGAGAGCUUCUGGACUUACAUAAACAACCCACGUCUGAAGCAAAUAGCUCAGCAAUGUUUGGCAAGCUGAUGACCAUAGCAAAAAACCUUCCAGAUCCAGGCAAAGCUCAAGAUUUUGUAAAAAAGUUCAACCAGGUGUUAGGUGAAGAUGAAAAACUGAGGUCCCAGUUGGAACUCCUAAUCAGUCCUACAUGUUCAUGUAAGCAGGCUGAAGUAUGUGUGAGGGAAAUCACCAGAAAACUGGCAAAUCCAAAGCAACCAACAAAUCCUUUUUUAGAGAUGGUAAAAUUUCUUCUGGAAAGAAUUGCACCAGUCCACAUUGAUUCUGAAGCAAUCAGUGCUUUGGUUAAACUUCUAAAUAAAUCGAUAGAAGGAACUGCAGAUGAUGAGGAGGAGGGAGUAACACCUGAUACUGCUAUCCGUUCUGGACUAGAGCUACUAAAGGUUUUGUCUUUCACACACCCAACCUCCUUUCAUUCAGCAGAGACAUAUGAAUCUCUUCUACAGUGCCUCAAAAUGGAAGACGAUAAGGUGGCGGAGGCAGCUAUUCAAAUUUUCAGAAACACUGGACACAAAAUAGAAACUGAACUCCCGCAUAUUCGAUCCACCUUAAUUCCUAUUCUCCAUCAAAAAGCUAAGAGAGGAACACCUCACCAGGCAAAGCAUGCUGUCCAUUGCAUUCAUGCAAUAUUUCACAAUAAAGAAGUACAGCUUGCUCAGAUAUUUGAACCUCUCAGUAGGAGUCUCAAUGCAGAUGUGCCAGAACAGCUAAUAACUCCUCUAGUUUCUCUGGGUCAUAUUUCAAUGUUGGCACCAGACCAAUUUGCUUCUCCUAUGAAGUCAAUUGUUGCAAAUUUUAUUGUAAAGGAUCUUCUCAUGAAUGAUCGGUCUGUAGGCAAUAAAAAUGGAAAGUUAUGGUCUCCUGACGAGGAGGUUUCUCCAGAAGUACUAGCAAAGGUGCAGGCUAUCAAGUUACUGGUGCGCUGGUUGUUGGGAAUGAAAAAUAACCAGUCCAAGUCUGCUAAUUCCACACUACGUUUAUUAUCUGCUAUGCUUGUAAGUGAAGGGGAUUUAACAGAGCAAAAAAAAAUCAGCAAGUCUGACAUGUCUCGCCUGCGACUCGCUGCUGGUAGUGCCAUUAUGAAGCUUGCACAAGAACCCUGUUAUCAUGAAAUCAUCACUCCAGAGCAGUUUCAUCUUUGUGCACUUGUCAUCAAUGAUGAAUGUUAUCAAGUGAGGCAAAUAUUUGCUCAGAAGUUACACAUGGCUCUUGUGAAGCUGCAACUACCUCUAGAGUAUAUGGCUGUUUUUUCUUUAUGUGCCAAAGAUCCAGUAAAGGAGAGGAGAGCUCAUGCUAGACAGUGUUUACUUAAAAACAUCAGUAUCCGCAGAGAAUACAUCAAGCAGAAUCCCGUAACUAAUGAGAAGCAGUUAUCCCUGUUGCCGGAAUACGUUGUUCCAUACAUGAUACAUCUUCUAGCAAAUGACCCAGAUUUCACUAGACCUCAAGAUUUUGAACAGCUCCGGGACAUUAAAGAGUGUCUGUGGUUCAUGCUAGAAGUUUUAAUGACCAAAAAUGAAAAUAACAGUCAUGCAUUUUUGAAGAAAAUGAUAGAGAAUAUAAAACAGACAAAGGAUGCUCAGGCACCAGAUGAUCCCAAGACAAAUGAGAAAAUCUAUACUGUUUGUGAUGUCGCACUGUUUGUAAUUCUCAACAAAAGCACAACUUGUCACCUAGAAUCACCGAAAGACCCUAUGCUGCCUACAAAGUUUUUCACACCACCUGACAAAGAUUUUGUUAAUGAUAAAGAAUAUUUAUCAUUGGAAGCAAGAACAAUUCUCCUAACAGGAAAGCCCAAACCAGCGGGUGUUUUAGGCACAGUGAAUAAACCCCUGUCUGUUACGGGUAAGAGGCCAUACAGCAGGACUUCAGGUUCAGAAACUGGAAGUAAUGUUAGCACAAAUUCAGAACCAAGUUCACCAUCAAUAAAUAAAGGAAGGGAUCCAGGCACAGAGACAUCUGAGACAGGAGCUCGUGAAAAUGAAGAAAACCCAGUAAUACUAAUUUCUGUUACACCAGCUAAGGUAGAGCCUGUGAAAAAUAAGGAGAUGAACUCUGAACAGACCCAAACAGAUGCAGGCACAGAACGUACAAAGAAACGGACACCACAAGUUGAUGGGAGUGAAAAUAUCCAUCAGACCCCAGCAGAAAUCAAGCCAGAGGAGUCUACCAUUCCAGCCUUGCCUAAACCCAGACGGGGAAGGCCCCCCAAAUCACAGACUGCCAACAGUUCAGAAAAAAACAGUGAAACAAAAACAAGUGGCCGAGGAAGAAAAAGAGCUGUUCCGUCCCAGGAGAGUCCUGGAGUACUAGAACCUGUGACUAUAAAAAUACCAAAACAACAGAAAGAUACAGAAACAAAGAGAGCACCUGUACAGAGACAAAUGGAUUUGCAAAGGUAAAAAAAGGACCAUCCGAAGAAGACUAAAACGAAUGCCUGCCUAAUGGACGGCUUUUUCAGGACACCUAGAUCUGUACCAGACCUGAAACUGUAAAUGAUACAGUUCUGUGCCCUGAGAGAGGAGAUAUACAAAAACAAACACUGCUUCCAGAACCAGUCUUUGCAAGCAAGCUUCACAUUGGUGAUAAAAGAAACAAAAUAAGAAAAGCUUGUGAGAGAUCACUUAGGGCAUCCAUUCCUGCUUCACCAAGACUUAUUUUUAUUGAACUUUUAAAAUAUUAAAAAAAAAAAAAAAACUUGGAUACUCAAAAUGCGUGGUCCCAAAAUGAAAAAUAGUUGCAUUUUACCAGGAAAAUGUGCUGUCACAAGUCUUAUUUGUUUCUGCAAGAGUCAAGUCGGUAUGACUUUAAAUAAAAUUUCAAGCCAAAUACAGUCCAAAUUGCCUACUCGCAAGUGCAAAGAAUUUAUAUCUGCCACCAUGUCUUGCAGCAGCUGAGGAGGAUUUUUGUUGUUUCUGUGGGAAACUAAACAAUCCUAGUGGACCUAAGAUCAUAUUAAAAUCUAGCAGGUUUUUUUCCCCCCUGGUUAUUUUUAAAGUGUAUGUAUUCUCUGGCUCAGUUCCCAUUAAACCAGUCUCUGUGGAUUUUUAUCCCUCACAUUUCUCAUCGAUGGUUUUGUUCACAUUUUAUCUGGAUACUAUGACAAUUAAAAAUUUCUUUUACUAAGGCCUUUUGUUUUUACCUUGGUGCAAAUUUUACACUUAUAUAAUGGAACAAAAGGAGGUACAGAGAAUCCACUCUUGGGCAUUUUUAUAAUACAGCAAUGGUGGUUAAAGGUGUUUUAAAAAAAAAAAAAAAAAGCUGUUGGAUUUUAGAUGCUUGCAAAGACAAAAAAUCAGCAGAUAAACUAAAAUAUUGAUACAUUUUGAGUGUUUUUAGAGAUUGAAAAUAUUUUUAAAGCUGUUAUGCCAGUUUGUCUCCAUGUUUAAUGAUCAUUUUAUGUUUUAUUUAGUGAAAAAAAUAAAUGUUGCAUUGAUAUGAUUCCAUGCAUUGUUUGGCAUAGUUGUGUACAUCCUUAUGUACACAUGACCAUAUUUAAUUUUUUUUUUUGCCUAAAAUAAAUGCUUUUAGGUGUCACAUGGUGAUUAUCUUUUUGUUUUAGUUACAGUUUUUAAAACACCAGCACAGAAUAAAAUAUUGGUUUCUAA